AUGGCGGAUACCAUCGUCUCCGCCAUCAUCGGUGAUCUGAUCAGCAGAGCUAUUUCUAUUCUCAUUGGGCAUUUUAGUAGCCAGGAGAGCACUGAAGACUGGCUGCAAAGGAUGAGAUAUCUGGUCAUCAGAAUCCACAGCGCGGUAGAGGAAGCAAAAGGGAGACAGGUCUCCAACCACGGCACCCUCCAGUGGCUCUCAGAGCUCAUCGACGUCGAGUACCAGGGAAGUUAUUUGCUCGACUCCGUCGGGUGUGGCGGUGGCAAGCAGGAAGUUGAAAGAGAUGAUGAUGAUGAUAAGGUAAUUCCCCAAGUUUCCACCUUGUCCUUGUUUAAUCCAGCAAAGCGUGUGAGGGUUGCAGCAGCUGGCUGCACCAUGAGGCGCGCAUCUUCCUGGCCCCAUGACGGUAUCGGCAGCGCUGAUGAGAUUGAGAGGGUGCUCCAGAGAUUGCAGGGCAUGUGUCAAGAUCUCAGAGAGUUCAUCCUGCUCUUGCAAGACUGCAAGCCGAUCCGCCGCCCUCUACCCACAAACAUUUUCCGGGACGGGCAGAUGUUUGGUCGACAUGUUGAGAAGGAGAGUAUCAUCAACUUUCUGCUGCAGGAAGCUGAUCAACUAGGUGUGCUACCUAUUGUUGGUGGCAGUGGAGUUGGGAAGACAACCCUGGUGCAGUACGCCUGCGACGAUGCCAGAGUGCGUAGCCACUUCCCAGUGAUCAUGAUGUACAGUUUCUCAUCCACUUAUGAUGUUCAAAAGAACGAAGAAACUUCUUCAAAUGACCCACUGGAGUUGGUCAAGAGAAAUACUACUUUUCGUGGCGAGCAAAAGAGGUGCCUGGUGAUAUUUGAGGACGUGGACAUGCACAAGAAGCAGAUACUGGAAGAGUUCUUCAAGAGCCUGGGAAGUAGCAAUGUUGGGAUGAUCAAGAUGAUCAUCACGACAAACAAUCCACGUGUAGCAAACAUCGUUGGGACAGUGGAGCCAAUCAUGCUAAAGGCGUUGCCCUGCCCUGAGUACUGGUUCUUCUUCAAGGCCCACGCAUUUACCAGCAGAGACGUUGAGGAGAACCCGAGGCUGAUCUCUGCAGGGAAAGCAAUAGCAAGGAAGCUGAACGGGUCAUUCUUCGGUGCCAAGAUCGUUGGAGGGGUGCUUAGGGACCACCCGGAUGCCAGGCAUUGGUGCGAGGUGCUGAGGAGCAACAUCGGAGAGAUAUGUCCCCUCGGUGAUGGCAUGAGCUACAUAUCAGACUUGGCUGACAACUUGCUGCCAGGUCAUGUGGACAUGUGGAAGGUGACACUUUCUAAUAAGGACCCCUCCUUUCCUCCUCAGUCGACACAGCAGUUGGUUAUGUUAAAGGAUGUGCACGGUGCUGCUCCUCAUGAUAGCAUGUUGGCCUGUUGGGCAGAUGACCUCCGAUUUGCCAAAGUGUUGUUGUGCAAGUCAAUACUGCCAUUCUUUAACCACUACUAUAUUGCUCGUUGCUCUUGCACUUGCACCGUAGGAUCAGAAAAUCCUUGUUCAAAGCUUGUAUUAUCUCAUGCUUGA